ACGAAACCUUCGAAUGUUGUGAAUGCUGUGUGAUCGAAUAUGGUUUUAACCCCAAACAGUUCAUAUGUGCUAAAUCAUUCCAUUUUGCAAAGUAGUAAAGAGCCGGUGUAUGAUGGCGGGGAAUUUGAUGAAUCCCAUAAUAGGUAUUUACUUUUAAAAGCAAAGAAAGAGGCAUUAGAAAGAAAAGUUCACUAUCAAACGACAUACGCCAAAGCCUUGGAUAUAUUAGGUGACAGGAGAAAGGAAAUAAAUGAUAUCGAAGGUUUGCUUGUAGAUUUCGAAGAUUCCAAAAAAGUUUUAGAAGAAACACAAGAGAAAUGGCAGGUUGCUGAAAUAAAUCGGUUGUCGAAACUCGUGAGUACACUUACGCAAGGGGCAUUGACUGUAGAACAGGAAAGCAGAAAGUCAUCCAUUCCGACUGAAAUACAAACCAUUCUACAAAAUUCCGUAGAAGAAAUACAUUUGCAAUUGGAAAGACUUGGUUUAUUAGAGGAUCCAAGCCCUUCUUCAGAUAUGUCUAUAUCCUCCAUCAUUGAAACUCUUCACCGAAUUAGCAAAUCACUCGAUGCGAUACCAUCAAAUUUGAAGUUUAAUGAGAUUCAUAGACCAUCACGUAUCUCUAACACCUCUUUGGAUAAAGAGGUGUUGGCGAACAUACUCUUGGAUUGGCAAAAAUUGAGUGCCGAGCAAAAUACAUAUUUGCGAGUCAUUAGCAAUUCCGGAAACAUCCCUCCUGACUGUUUGCUUCAACUACGACAAUACUUUUUUCGCAGCGAGUUGCUUUCUGAGAAACUAUCUAAUAUCUAUUCUCUUGAAGGUGAGGCAGACAAUAAUCUUUUAUAAGAUAAGCAACUUUCUCCGAUUCCAAAUGUCCGUUCUCAUUUAUUCGUUUGCUCUUGAUUUACUUCCCUGAAAGCUGGGUUGUACUUGAAUCUUUUCGCUCCUGAGCGCAAAAGCGCUCCAUUCUUUAUUUUUUUAUCUCUUGGCUUGUUGUUAUAAUUAUUAUUAAAACUUUUUGGGUGUUUAGUGGUUUAUAAAUUUGCUUCAUUUCAAAUAAAACUUCGAUUUUGACAUUCAAGAUUUUGCUGUAGUACUGACAGGUAAAAAAUAUUAUCUC